AUGCCCAUCCUACAGGCAAGGCGUGAAUCAACAGAUGAUGUUGAAAAUGUCACGGAGGUCUUCGGACAGUUGCGACUCAUUACAUUGUCAUCCGACUUUUUUCGAAGAUGCGUUGGUCGCGAUGAGCGAACCAGCGACGAAAUACCAUCAGCUGCGAUAAAAUGGAAGGAUGCGAGUAUUUAG